UUAUAACAUUUUUAUUUUAGUGUUACGUGGGAGCAAGCUGAUAGACGAUACCUAAAGAAAGCCUUCAAACAAGCAUAGAAAAUGUCUGCUUGGCAAUCACCACUCCUCUACCGCCUCAGCCCUAACGAGGAAGCCAGGCUCAUUGCCGAAGAAGCAGAACGGAGAAAGAAAUGUCGACUUCUUCAGGUAAGAAACCAAGCCAAAAACCAUGCGACAGCCAUUUUACGUGAUAGCAAGCUGAGAAACACCAUGGAAGUUGAUGUGCUUGCAAGUAGAUUAAAGCGACACUGGCAAAUGAAGAAACAUACAAGAUUGUCAGAGCUUGAGCAUCUCCAUUGCACUACUAUGGACUCUAUAGGAAAUAGCCAUUGCCUAGCCAAUUCACAGGAAGAGAACCAGAAUAUGCAGAAGGUUGUUGCCAUGAAUAAUGAUCACCGUGCACGAAGUAGGCACCAGACUGCAAUGCAGUUGCUACAUAAUGAAAACGAAACUAGGAACAAACUACAAAACCAAAGAAUCAUUUUUCGGAAGUCGGCAUUGGAAGUGGAGAAAGCAAGGGCUUCAGCAAUUGCUUCUAGGACCAUCCCUAUAGACUCUGUCAAAGAAGCACUCCAAAGUACCAGUGAUAUUGGGAGUGAAAUUGAAGUUCAGAAUUCUGCCAUUAGCUAUACAUUUAAUAUGCAAGGAAGUGCAACGGUGGCCAAGGCAACAUGUAUUCACGAGGAGCCAGAUGCAAUUCAGGCAGCUGUAAUAGAGGACCGUCUGGUAAAACAGCAGAAGGAACUGGCAGCCAAAGCUUCAAUCGAUCAGUGUGGAAAGGCGAAUAUAAGAUUUAAGAUUGCAUUGCGUGAUGAGCUCAUGAAACAGCAUUGUGGAAGAAUUAUGGCUGACAUGCAUGGACUACACCAGACAGACAGACAGCAAAAGCAAGCCACAGUUUCAAAAAUUCCGAAGUUCAUCUCCCAACUCACUGAUGGCAAUCAACGCACGCAGCAGCAACACCACCCCCACCCAGAGAUAGGAUUUGCUGGGGCUUUAGCAACUGAACACCCCGAUUCUAGUUUGGAGCUAUUGGAGGAUCUAGGGAAAAGAAUGUCCUUUCAUGCAACCGGAUCCAAUACCACUAGCAAGCAGUGUCAGUACCGGCAGAGCCAAGGUGAUGCCCUGAAUAAGAUGAUUUGCAACGUUAACAAGCAACGUAUAGCAUGGGUUGAACAAGCGGGCCAUCACCCCAUUUCUCCAUUCAAACGCAAUGCUCACUUUAAGGGCCAUAAUUCAAAUAUCAGUGAUCCACAGUUUGCCACAGAAUCAGCUGAAACUCCUUGCUCGCCAGCUGAAUACAAUUCAAGGGCCGUAGAUGGAAGAACUAGUACCCACUUGUUGCCCCAUCUCAUUGGGAAUGUAAAUGGGAAAACCAUUGACUGUUUGCCACAAGAACACCAGCGCAUUACAGGAUGGAGCAGCCCACUGUAUGCCAUGACAGCAGAUUUGAAAGUUGAGUCUGGCAAUAAAGCUAUGCAGCAGGAGGUGACACACAGACAUGAUAUGCGUUAUCUUGGUACAGCUGCCAAUGUGUGUGACUACCGUAACAAUCUGCUGGAACGCAACAGGAUGAGCAAACAAGGAGUUGACAAGAGUGAUGAAACUAAAGCGGACUUUGUGGUGCCCUCACAUGCAUUACUAGGACAGCAGCAGCAACAGCAGGCGGCAGUACCAUUGAACGUGAGAUGCAUGCAACAACCAGUCUCACAGAAAUCCCUUUCUCAACUGUGUUAUUUUAGCGACCAUGCUCCUGAUUCGCAUCAAUUGUGUCAUGAGCGGGUUAUGUUUGCAAAUAAAGGAGUAUCCAAAAAUGGAGUGGGUUAUACUAUUUCAACCGUGGGAAAUGUUGGCGAGGUGCCGAUAACAUGUAUUCCCUCUAAUAAGGCUGGGAAGGACAUUGGCGCACAGCAUACAAAACGCCCAAGGAUAUCAUGUACUCCCAUAAUGGAAACGAACAAUACUGGACUUGAAGAUGAGGAAUCCAUCACACCUCUAUGUCUGCAACAAUUAGCCACAUCAACCACCAUUGAGCUGCCACAGCGAGAACCAGUCAUCACACAAGUAAUAGAGCAACCGCUGCAUAACAUAGCUCUCCUGCAUAUCCUCAGGGAAGAUUAUAUGUGUUACGUUGAGGAGUGGAAUCAGCAUUUCAUAGCCAUGGGGCUGCAGAAGGUCAGAUUAUUACAUCAUGGUAUGAGCAGCCAACAGCAAGAGUCGUGUGAUGGCAAUAGGAUCAUUGAACAAAGAGGGCUGAAACCUCCCAUAGCUGUGGAACUAUAUGAGAAACAGUCGGCUGAAAGGUUAUCACAGCCCCACCUUUUAGGGAGUCGUGAUUGUUUUAUGUGUACAAUAUCCAAUUACAUUCCAAAGAAACCACAUUGUGGUAUUGUUUGCUAUGCGAAUGGCAAACCACUGCCCAGCUUUCUUGACUGGCUUGCUGCAGCUGCCACCCCGCAUAUCAGUGAUAAUCAGUCAAAUGUUGUAUCCUUCCAUGGGCUAAGUAAUAGCAUUAAUACACAGUCAUCUGAUAAAGUGUCACAACAUAGGCUAAGCAGUAUCACCGACUCCAAUAUAUCUCAGCAUAGCAUUGAGAACGGCAUGCAGCUGCUUCAGGAGAAUGUGCACACCAUUAGAAAGUUAUUCAGCAUACCACAAAUGAUAACUUCUAGUGCUAUGGCUGGUGGAUCAACAGAAAAGAAAGAGUGCAAUUCCCAGUUAGUCUCUACCAGCAUUAAAUCCAGUAUUAGCUCGGAUGCUCAAGAACCUCAUCUCAGGUAAUGUACUGUUUAGAACAAGCAAUUAUCCUCAUCCUGAUCCUCAUGGGAACGCGAGUGAGUGUACACCUAGGAAAUAUCCACUUAUAUUGAGUGAGGAAGAAACGGAUAAUCAGUUAGGAAGCAUGACCUCAGUCUGUGUGGCAGAGCAAAUGAAGAGUUGAGAUACAGCAGUUAAAUGAUUUUGGAGAAGGCUUGCCUGCACUGCCAUUUUCUCCGCAUGAUGAAAUAAACAGCGUGAGCAUAGAGUUAAUAUCACAUUCAUGAGAGGACUCUCUACAUUGGUAACUUAACGCAGGGAAAUAGAUGACAGUCAGUCAUAGAAUACAUGUCAUUACAGAGAGGGUCUUCUCUUAUUACGAUUUCCAUUCUGAUUCUGUCGUUUUGCAUAAUGCUGAGGGCAUUAUCGGUCAGAGUCAGAGUGCAGAGACAGCUGACAAGCCGUGACAUGAACACGUAAGGUGGGCACGGUGAACUCGAGGAGACAUUCUUAUCAAUGUGACAGCGGGCAACAGUAUGGGCUUGUUUAAGCAGUUGGGCGUUGUGCUGAACACUUGCGAGUGCGAUAUGUUGAGCAGUAAUUCAUUGUUGGUGAGUAGUGUUUGGUAGGAAUCGACGAGGAGUUUGGAAGAUUGUUAGGAUCGAUUGUGGAGAACGUCAUAGAUGACUGAUAAUCAGCACAGUGAUUGUUACGCAUACGAACGAUUACUACUGCUUUCCAUUGGGUCAGACCUCGAGCUUGGAUGGACAGCGAAACACAUUGCAGGUUGAUUUAUCGGUGAUUUAGGUCGGUUUAUAAUGGCGAGUCGACAUUGCAAACGGGGCACGUUAGAUAUAUAUAAUAUGUAACCUCAUACCACCCGCCAAAGAAGUUAGGGGGUAUACUGGAAUCAAUCAGUCUGUCUGGUCGUCUUACACUAGAAUUGUGCGCAGAUUUCCUCGAAAAGUACUGGACGGAUUUCACACAUCAGUACCCAAAGUAGUUGUGCACCUGCAAUGAAUUUUUUUGGUCCGAAAUUUUAGGAAAGAUUUAUGGCCGUUUUCCGUAAAUAAACCCAUUUGGUUAUAUAUGACAUGCUGAUGCCAUCUAAUGGAUUAUUUCAUACAUAACUGCCGAGCCACUACUCGCGCUGAGAGGGUCUAUGUCCCCUGGGGUACUGCCGGAACGUACCCUGGGAACGUACCCCAUAUCAAAUAGUGAC